AUGCCCGACAUCUCUCGCGCCCACGGCGGCCACGGUGACCCGUACGAGGAAAAGGGCAUUAGCCACACCGAGCAGAUUGAGUCCAAGACCGAGCUCGAGGCCAGGGUCCGCAACCCCCUUGGAGGCAUCCCUCGUGAUCAGCUCAUGCGCGAUGUCGAGGCCUUUGCCGUCGCAAACAACCUCCAGGAGCACAUCCAAGUCCUCCGAAAGGGCGCUCUCGUCGCCCAGAAUCCCAAUGAGGUGGAGUCCAUCGACGGCCCGGAGCGUCUGACCAGCGAGGAGUUGGCGGUCCUCGAGAAGGAGAGGACGCACAAGUGGCACAUGCCCAAGCGCCUCUUCCUCACCAUUGCCACCUGCUCCAUCGGUGCCGCAUGCCAGGGAUGGGACCAGACUGGCAGCAACGGUGCCACCAUUUUCUUCCCUGCCGCGUACGGCCUCGAUGAAGCCGGAAGCGACAUUGACGCCAUCAUUGUCGGCCUCCUCAAUGCCGGUCCGUACAUUGGCAGCGCUCUUCUCGGCUGCUGGCUCGCUGAUCCCCUCAACAAUCGUCUCGGUCGCCGCGGUGCCAUCUUCUUCGCCGGCAACUUUCUCAUCUGGCCCGUCAUUGGUUCUGCUUUCUGCCGCACUUGGCCCCAGCAAAUGGUCUGCCGCCUUCUCAUGGGAGUCGGCAUGGGCGCAAAGGCUUCGACCGUGCCUAUCUACGCUGCUGAGAACGCUCCCGCUGCCAUUCGCGGUGCCCUGGUCAUGUCAUGGCAGAUGUGGACUGCGUUCGGAAUCAUGAUGGGCACGGCCUUUAACCUGGCCGUUUACGCUGUCCCAAACAUCAACUGGCGCCUCAUGCUGGGUGCUCCGUUCCUGCCCGCCGUGCCCCUGCUGUCGCUCAUCUUCUUCUGCCCCGAGUCGCCUCGAUGGUACAUGAAGAAGGGCCGCUACUUCGACGCGUGGCAGUCGAUGAUGGUCCUGCGCCACCACCCGAUCCAGGUCGCCCGUGACAUCUACUACAUCAGCGCCCAGCUCGAGCUCGAGAAGCAGAUUGUUGGCAAGACCAACUACGCCACGCGCUUCGGACAGCUCUUCACCAUCCCCCGCGUGCGUCGCGCCAACCUGGCCGCCUUUACCGUCAUGAUUGCCCAGCAGAUGUGCGGCAUCAACAUCAUUGCCUUCUACUCGACCAGCAUCUUUACGCAGUCUGGUCUCGACGCCCGCAAGGCCAUGAUUGGCUCCUUUGGUUUCGGCGUGGUCAACUGGCUCUUUGCGUUCCCGGCCUUUUGGACCAUUGACACUUUUGGCCGACGCAGCCUGCUUCUGUUUACGUUCCCGCAAAUGUUCUGGACUCUCCUCGCUGCAGGUCUUUGCACUCUGCUCCCGCAGGGCACCAAGGAGAACCCCAACGAGAUCCGAACGGGUCUGGUGUGCCUCUUUGUCUACCUCUUCGGCGCGUUCUACUCCCCCGGUGAAGGACCUGUUCCGUACACCUACAGCGCUGAAGUCUACCCGCUGUCUCACCGCGAGACUGGCAUGGGCUUCGCCGUCGCCAACUGCCUGUUCUGGGCCGCCGUUCUCGGAACCACAUUCCCCUUCCUGCUCCGACAGCUCGAUACCGUCGGCGCGUUUGGCCUCUACGCCGGCUUCAACGUCGUCGCGUUCGUCAUGAUCCUCUUCUUCGUGCCCGAGACCAUGCAGCGCACCCUGGAGGAGCUCGACUGGGUCUUUGCGGUCCCCGUCCGCAAGUUUGCCGCCUACCAGAUCACCGACACCAUUCCCUGGUUCUUCAAGCGCUACGUGCUUUUCCAGCGCCAUGCCACUCUCCGUCCGUUGUACGACUUUGAGAAGAAUGCCAACGCCGCAAAGAACAAUACGUCUUCGGACAGUGAUACCGGUGUGAGGCGUCGACGCUGA